UAAAAGUUUUACUUACAAUUUCAUGACAGUUUUUUUACUCAAGAGCGCAUUGGUUGAGACUGAUAUAAUCUCUUAAUCUCUCUAUGCACAAAAAACAAUACGCCUGUCUCUUCGAGUAUUUAGAACGGCGUACAGAUACCUUAUUUGUUGAACAUGGAUGAAGAAAUACAGGGAUACGAUGAAGACCUUGGCCGCUGUAUUUCUCAGUUGAAAGAAAAUUUAGAAAGAGCUGAAAAAACAGCACCAGAGAAACGUAACAAUAUUAUCAGAGCCCUCGAAAGAACUUUAGAAGAUAGCAGAGUAACUUAUGGAGCCUUGAAUGUCGCAAUUCGAGAAUUGGAUAAAACAAAACAGAGCACAUGGCUCCAAGCCAGCCACAACCACAAAAAGGCGCUUGAUGACAUCACUGUGCGAGUCAAGAAGCUGAGAAAUGAGCAAGAGCGUCGGGAUAAUAGUCUGAAGGAGACCGACCGUACUGCGGAAGAGAUACUUGUCGAAGCGGCCAGCAUUCAAAAAGAAUCUCUCCAGAGUGUCGAGCGGUCUAAAGGAAUAUUAAAAGAGACCAUACAAACCGGCACUGCAACUGCAACGCAGCUAGCAGAGGACAGGGAGAAGCUAGAGGCAGCCGGGGAGGAUAUACAAGAGAUCAGAAGUGAUUUGGACAUGGCACAAGCACAAAUGCGGGCGUUAAUAAGAAAGUUCGCUAUGGAUAAAUGCACGCGGGCUUUAUGCGUCAUUUUACUAUUAGCUAUUCUGGCAAUUUUGAUAGUCUAUAUCGUCAAGUCAAAAAGUUAGGGCCGGCCGCGCAUACUUCUUUUUGCUAUCACA